AUGGCAGGACCACCGGCGGCGGAGGGCUCCGUCAACGGGCUAUCCAAGGCGGAACGCGGCGGCGAUGCUGGGGCGACCUUCGUGCUCGCGUCUAAAGGUCUAAGCGGGGAAGAAUAAUGUGUGUGGAGGGAGAAGGGGAGGGGGGGAGAUCGUUCCUGUGACGCCGCUGUUUCCUUCGUCCUUUCAGGGACCUGGUGGCACGCCGGCUUCCACCUGACGACGGCGAUCGUCGGGCCGACGAUCCUCACACUUCCUUACGCCUUCAGGGGAAUGGGAUGGGGGCUCGGCUUGGUCUCGCUUACUGGUGUGGCCGUCGUCACCUUCUACUCCUACUUCCUCAUGGUCAAGGUCCUCGAUCACUGCGAGCAGCAGGGCCGCCGGCACAUCAGAUUCAGGGAGCUCGCGGCAGACGUUCUGGGUACUUGUUGAAUCAUGCUUCUCUUGCUGUUCUUCCUUCUCUGUGGAUGGCUCUUCACCUGGGUCGUUCAGGCGCGGGGUGGAUGCUCUACUUUGUGGUCUUCGUACAGGCGGCGGUGAACACGGGUGUAGCGAUAGGCUGCAUAUUGCUCUCAGGGGAGGCUCUCAAGGUAUGCGGUACCACGAGAAUUCCCAACCCAUCAAGUCAUUUCCUUGCUUGGAUUCCACUCCGCUAACCAUUCAUUGUCACCUCCGAAUGGAAUCCGGGGACCAGCUUAUCUUUUCCAGUCUGCAUCCGGAUAGUUCCCUGAAGCUCUACCAGUUCAUCGGGAUGGUGACUGUGGUCAUGAUCCUCCUCUCUCAGCUCCCAUCUUUCCACUCCCUCAGAUAUAUAAACCUCGGCUCCCUUCUUCUGAGCUUAGGAUACACGUCUCUGGUGGUUGCUGGCUCCAUCAUGGCAGGUUCGGAUGACUACCCCCUGAACUCUCGUGUGGAACACCGGAGUUAGAAUCAUAGAUUCAGUAUUGCCUUUGCGAGUAAAUACAAUUAAGGAAAUUGAUAAAAAAAAAUGCGAUUUUUUAUAUUUUAAUAUUUAUGCGUUUUUCUUUUCUUUUAAUACGCUACCUUUCAUGAGAAGCAAAAAACCCACAAAAAGAUAUGAUAAUUUCCAUAUUAGGAUUCACAGAGCACCGUGCUUUUGUUUUGUCAUCUGUUAACUUGUUUGAUGAUUAUAUAUGCACGAAUCAAUGAUCUCACGUCGAUGAAUUAUUCGUUCUGACCCCUGGCUCAGGUUACUCGGGGAAGGCUCCACGGAAGGACUUCUCACUUGAUGACUCGAAGUCCACUCGGACGUUCAAUAUAUUCACAUCCAUAUCAAUUCUGGCCUCCAUUUUCGGUAAUGGGAUACUACCGGAGAUUCAGGUGAGAUCGAUGGCCCCCCUCUGCUUUUCCAAAUAGUUGACGAUGCCAUAGAUGAUAUUUACACUACAUGAACCUGGAUCUAUGCUGGCUGCUAUAGGGGUAGAAGCCAUGAUACGUAUUUGACAUCGAUGGAACUCCACGCAGGCUACCGUGGCGCCACCGGCAACGGGGAAGAUGGUGAAAGGUCUCACCCUGUGUUACACCGUGAUCGGCAUCACGUUCUACCCGACCGCGGUGUCAGGGUACUGGGCAUUCGGGAACAAAGUCAACUCGAACGUCCUCAAGACGCUCAUGCCGGACGAGGGCCCCUCAUUGGCUCCCACAUGGCUACUCGGCCUCGCAGCCGUCUUCGUGCUGCUGCAACUCUUCUCCAUUGGUCUGGUGAGUCCUCAAGCGCAGAAGGCGUCUCGGCCCUCACGAAGCCAACCGAUUGGUACUGAUCGCCAUUCCGACACAGGUCUACUCUCUAGUCGCCUACGAGAUUAUGGAGAAGAAGUCAGCGGACCCAGGUCGAGGCAAGUUCUCGAAGAGGAAUCUCAUCCCGAGGCUGAUCCUGCGAUCAUUGUAUAUGAUCGCCUGCGCGUUCGUGGCGGCUAUGCUGCCGUUCUUUGGAGACAUCAACGGCGUCGUCGGAGCCGUAGGCUUCAUACCCCUGGACUUCGUUCUCCCCAUGCUCCUGUACAACACGGCCCUAAAGCCUCCGAGGGCGUCGGGGGUCUACUGGGUCAACGUCUCCAUAAUGGUAGUAUUUACCUGCACGGGGAUUAUGGGCGCCUUCUCUUCUAUCAGGAAACUGGUGCUCGAUGCCCACAAGUUCAAGCUCUUCAGCAACGAUGUGGUGGAUUAG